AUGGAUGACUGGCUGCGCGGUCUGGGACGACUGUUGGGACUGGCCGUAUGCCGGGAUGACGUGCUGUUCCCGGUCCCCUUUCCGCUUGCCCUUUUCAAAUUACUGCUGGGCCAGACGCUGCGAAUCGAGGAUCUCGAGGCCUUCCGUCCCACGAUUGUAGCCAGUGUCAAGUGCAUCGGCCAGAUGAACGAGCUGGACGACAUGGGCUUGACGUUCAGUGUAGAUGACGACACUGGCGAUGACAUUGAGCUCAUGGAGGAUGGGGCCAACGUGGCUGUAACACGCUUUAACCGGAACACCUACCUACGACUCUUUGUCGAGUAUUACCUGGGCCGCCACCUGCCCCUCCUACAGCUUGUGCGCGGCUUUCACGAUGCGUGCCCGGCGCAUCUGGCCUGUAUCUUUUCGCCAGGCGAGCUGCAACAGCUAGUACGGGGCAAGCCCGACAUUGACGUACAGGACAUGAUUGAAAAUAUGCGGGUUGCAUCUCCGCGACCAGACGCGGCCACGCUUGACUAUUUUGUGACCGUCUUGGGAGAACUCACACCGGAGCAGUGCUCCAAAUUUCUGAUAUUCACAACCGGCAAUGCAGUCCCGCCGGUGCACGGGUUUGCAACGAUGCACCCGCCCCUCUCUGUUUCGGGCAGUCACGCAAGCUUGGUUGACUCGCUUCUCGUCAGUCAUACAUGCUUCAACAGCGUGGAGCUGCCUCGCUAUACGUCGCUGGAGGUGUGCCGCGAGAAGGUUCUCUUCUCCAUUAGCAACGUCAAUGCGGCCGACCUUGGCCGUUGGUAG